UCUUCCCUAUCUUUCUCACUUUCUCUCUCUAUCUCUCUACCAUUAAUGAUGGCUUACUGUCUUUACUUCUUUUGCUAGCUGUUUUUUUCUUUCUUCCCUGUUCUUCUUCUUAUUGUUCUUCAUCUUGGGUCUAAAGGUUUUCGCUUUCUGACUAAAACCCACCUCUCAGUUUAGAUCUUGAGGCUAAAGGCUGAGACUGAGUGUCUGAGCCAACCAAUCCUUUUGUGGGAUGACGAGGUUUCAUCACCACAUUCAUCAUCAUCAUAGAGCUGGAGCCAUGGCUGGACUUUUAGUGCUACUUUUUCCCAUUUGGUUUCCCAGUUUGUUCUCCCCAUUGAGCCAUGCUUCCCCUUCCGCUUUCGCGGAAUGGAAUGCUCCAAAACCGAGGCACUCGCAGCUACUGAAGAGUGCCUUGCAAAGUGAAACGUCAGAUGCACAGCGAUCAGACCUCUGGAAUCCACUAACCAAUCAAGGAUGGAAGCCAUGUGCUGAAUCUUCAAGUGUUCCUUCAUUACCAGAGACAUCCACAGGAUAUAUACAGGUUUUUCUAGAUGGAGGGUUGAACCAACAGAGAAUGGGGAUAUGUGAUGCAGUAGCUGUUGCCAAAAUACUGAAUGCAACUCUCGUAAUUCCUUAUCUAGAAGUGAAUCCGGUUUGGCGGGAUGCAAGCUACUUCAGCGACAUAUUUGAUGUGGACCACUUUAUUGAUGUGUUAAAAGAUGAUAUUUCUAUAGUUAAAGAGCUGCCUUCUGACUUUGCCUGGAGCACAAGGGAAUACUAUGCAACAGCUAUCCGAGCAACAAGAAUCAAAACAGCACCAAUUCAUGCUUCAGUGAACUGGUAUCUGGAGAAUGUGUCGCCCAUACUAGAGAUGUAUGGGAUUGCUGCGAUUUCUCCAUUCUCUCACCGUCUGGCAUUUGACAAUUUGCCUAUGGACAUUCAGCGGUUACGCUGUAAAGUCAACUUUCAAGCAUUAGCUUUUGUUCCUCAUGUUAGAGCACUUGGAGAUGCUCUUGUCAGCAGACUUCGAUAUCCUUCAGACACGAGGUCUGCACUGGGAACCAAUAACCUUCCGGAGACCACCGAUGCUAAUGAUAAACGCCAGGCAGGGAAAUUUGUUGUGUUGCACCUUCGGUUUGAUAAGGAUAUGGCAGCCCAUUCAGCCUGUGAUUUUGGUGGCGGUAAAGCUGAAAAACUUGCUCUUGCAAAAUACAGACAAACUAUAUGGCAGGGAAGAGUCCUUAAUUCCCAAUUCACUGAUGAGGAGUUGAGGAAUCAGGGCCGUUGCCCGUUGACUCCAGAAGAGAUUGGAUUGCUUCUAGCCGCUUUGGGAUUCGACAACAAUACUCGUUUAUAUCUUGCUUCCCACAAGGUAUAUGGUGGGGAAGCUAGAAUUUCAACUUUGCGAGCAUUGUUCCCAUUAAUGGAAGACAAGAAGAGCCUUUCUUCUUGGGAAGAACGUUCACAGAUUCAAGGAAAGGCCUCUCUUUUAGCUGCUGUGGACUACUAUGUCAGCAUGCACAGUGACAUCUUCAUUUCUGCUUCUCCUGGAAAUAUGCACAAUGCCAUGGUGGGACAUCGUACUUACAAUAACCUAAAGACCAUUAGGCCGAACAUGGCAUUAAUGGGUCAGCUUUUUCUGAACAAAAGCAUCAGUUGGCCUGAAUUUCAGCAGUCAGUGAUAGAGGGGCACCAAAACAGACAAGGGGAGAUCAGAUUAAGAAAGCCCAAACAAUCCAUUUACACAUACCCUGCUCCUGAUUGCAUGUGCCAAGACUAAGAAGAUAAUAUAUAAUGUGAUACUGAAGUUGGCUUAGGAGAGGAGGCUUCCUGUGUCUCAAAAUUUGUUUACCACAACUACUGUUUGUUGUUUGUACUGUUUGAUAAAUAAAAAGAUAAUAGUCCUGUUUUUCGCAGUCAUAGAACUAGACAAGUACUUCUAGAUUCUUGUGGGAUGUAUCGCAUUGGAAAUAUUAGACUACUACUAAUCAAUGUGUUAUUUGUUUGGAACUACACUUAUUUGUCUGUAAUUGUUAUACUGGAAUACGCUUGUGAUGAUAAUACAUAAAGCAGUGAUUCUCUCAAA